AAACAAUAAAGUCGCUCGCUCAAGUUUGGCUGUUUCUCCCGACGCUGAGUCUUUGUUGUUCAAUUUGACUCCCUCUGUAAAACAAAACACACACAAUAACAAUCGCUCAUGCCUCAAGUCACGAUGCCGCCUAACCAAGACGGCGGUCUAUUGCCUACGCUUAACUGGGCUAUCACUAACCAUCCUGUUAUCCGAGCCCAAGUGGACGACUGCUUCAACCGGACCAAUUGGGAAGCCAUAUGCGAGAGUGCCUCACGUGCCAAUAGUGGGCGACCCUGUAAGACACUUCCAGACUGCAUAAACGGCGGCAACAACCUGGCUCGACUACUCGAGUUCCAAGACGGCACUCGCUGGGUCGCCCGCAUCCAGCUGCGGGAGUCGACUCCGGAAACGUCCCGGAAGAUGCAGACCGAAAUCGACACCUUGGCCUUCCUCAAAACCGCCACCAACGCUCCAGUGCCCCAGGUCUUUGCCUUCGAGCUUGACGGUGCGAACCCGGCGGGCGUAGCUUUUGUGUUGCUCGAGUUCCUUCCGGGGAAGACGGCCAUGGACGAAGCUCGCGACUAUAACUGGGCAGGUUGGGGCCUCAUCCCGCGCCAGUACCGGCAGACGUUCUAUCGCUCGAUGGCUGCAGCUCAUGUCCAGAUCGCCUCGGCGCGUCUUCCCCAGAUCGGGACCGUUACCCGCGAUGCGUACGGAGGUUUCAUCGUUGGGCCUAUUCCCGGCAUUGGCGGACCAUUCGAGACAGCGGCAUCCUUCAUCCAGGCGUGGGCCGCUACCAUCAAGUACCCUUAUAACGAAGACUACCUCCGCCAAUCCGUUCCCUCGUCGGUGGUCGACGAAAUCUUGAAGGGGGUUGAUGAGUUUCCAGGCCGGCUGGCCAAACUGGCUUCCAGCGGCAAGUAUUUUACUUCAAAGGGCCCCUUUCCGAUACGCCACGCCGAUCUCUUCCACAGCAAUGUCAUUGUCACCAAGACGUUUAACGUGCUGGGAGUAAUCGACUGGGAGGGAGCUUGCACGGUGCCCUGGGAGCUGGUUGACGCUCCCUGUUUUUUAAGCACCAUACCUCGCCUCCUGAACCCGCCGGAACAGUACGACGAGGCAGGCCGGCCGCUGGACUCAGAUGAGGUAGGGAUGUGGGCGGAUGAGGAGGCUUACGCGGCGAUGGUGCGAGAGGCUGAGCGAAAUGCCCAUGCAGAUCACAGACUGUCCAACAUGCUCGCAGACAAGGACGCUCAAGACUUGGCUCGCACUAUCCAUCUGUUUCCCCAGGGCAAGGCAGGGUUUUACGGUCGAGCUUUGGAUUACUUUGAAAACAAGUAGACAGACAGCACGCUUGUUAUCAUACCGGAAGAGCAGCGCCCUGCUUUGCAAGUGACCGCAAUGAAGAAGGCAGAGCUGCAAUCUCGAUUUAGUCGUUAUUGAAAUAGCUCUGACAAGGAACAGAUUUGGACCACCUUGGUCCUAGGAAUAGACUCCACUCCCUACCUUCCAGGACUCAAUGAGCAUUCGCCUAUUUUGAGACUUGGGCUUUUGAAUACAAUACGUGUAUCGUCUGGGUGCCACUCAGCUGUCGC